GGACCGAAACACCAACGACGAAAGUGUGCUCGUACAUUCCAGUCGUCAGCGAAAUAAAAAUAAAAAAACUUUUGAUCAAGGAGGAGCCGAGAAGGUAGCAAAGCACGAGGGCCCACCGAAUAGACCCGAUCAAGAUGUUCAAGUGGAGCAGUUCCUCAGGAAGCAAUAUCAUAGCAAGAGUGGAGAUAGAAUGCCAAGUUUGGAUUCAAAGGACUGAGGGAUGAGAUUAGCCUGGCUCAUUCAUAUAGGAUUGCGGUAGAAGAGGUGCAAAACAUGAAUUUUUGAUGGCCGCUUUGGAAGACACGAAGUCAGCCUCGCAAUUCUCGCGUCUCCAAAACUUCAACGUCUUUACAUCACCUCUUUCAUCUCGGCUUCUACAAUCAGAUCAACAAAAGCCCCUCAAAUCUGACGAAACAACUCAAGUCAAAGAAUAUAAAGGAAUCAUGCAGCUGUUCAAGAUGCUUCUUCAUCUCGCCUUCGCUUUCCUCCCCCUCCUCACGGGUGCACUCUCUCUCCCUGGUAUACUCGAUCAUGUCCUCCAAUUGGUCAACGGCUCCAUUGUCCCCAGUAUCGAUGGUACAUGCGGCAGCAAGGCCAACUACACCUGCGCUGGAAGCACCUACGGGCCAUGUUGCUCAUCUUACGGCUACUGCGGCAACACCACAGCGCACUGUCUCUCUACCCAUGGUUGUCAAGCUGCCUAUGGUCAAUGUUCCAACGAGACCGGGGACAUUGUGACACCAACUAUCGAUGGACAAUGUGGUGGCUAUGUUACGUGUGCAGGAAGCGCUUGGGACGGGGCUUGCUGUGACAGGUUCGGAUACUGCAAUUUCGAUGCCACCUACUGUCUCGUUGAGAAUGGUUGUCAGAAGGGUCUGGGACGAUGCACUCAAAAGUCUCCAGAUGGAACAUGUGGCGGCAUACAUCACGAGGCCGUCUAUAUCUGCACUGGAUCUCCAUUCGGUGUUUGCUGCUCGGAAACUGGUUUCUGUGGCUCUGACUCUCUGCAUUGUGGUUUGUCUUGUCUUGGCAAGUUUGGGGAAUGCUUGGCACCAAGCCCGGAUGGAACUUGUUCUUGGGACAGAGGAUAUACUUGUCUGGGUAGUGAGUUUGGGGAGUGCUGCUCAGGACAUUCGUGGUGUGGAAACUCCACUGGGUAUUGCAGUGUCGCUGCUGGCUGCACGACUGGUGGUAUCAACAAUCCAUACCUGGGCGUCUGCAAUAUACCAUGAAUUUCCUCGGGGAGGGACAUUGUUCCGCAGGCGGUAGGAACAUUACCGAACUCUGAAUUGUGUUGAGGGAGGCUGUGGAUUUUUUUGAUUCGUAGCUUUCUUGCUCUCCUUAAAUACAAUUGCAACUAGGUUCUCUUCCAAC